CGCUCCUCUUCCUCUUCCUCCUCCUUCUUCCCCUUCCCCGGUAGCCGGGGGGGGGAACCGGCCCGCCCACCGGGUCACCCCCAUGGCGGUGCUGGUGCGGGCGGUGGGGCGAGCCCUGCUGGGCCGGACCGCUCCCUUGGUCCGGACCGAACGCAGCAUUAACGGCGGCGGGGCCCGCUGGGGGCCGGUGCGGCCCGGCCUCCCCGUGCCCUUCUCCUCACCCCUAGCAGGGCUGACCCGGGCCUUCCGCAUCAAGGAACCCCCAAAGCGUAAGGAGGUGGAUCGGUGGACGGAAAAACGGGCCUUGUUCGGGGUCUACGAUAACGUGGGGAUCCUGGGCGGCUUCCAGCUCCACCCGAAGAACCUCAUCGUGGGGCCCAAGUGGCUGCGAGGGUGGAAGGGGAACGAGUUGCAGAGGUGCAUCCGCAAGAAGCAGAUGGUGGGAGAUCGGAUGUUUGUAGAGGACUACCACAAACUCAGCAAGAGGAUCCGAUACUUGUACAGGCGCUUCAAUCGUACCGGGAAGCACCGCUAGGAACAACCGUGGGCUCAGCCCGUGGAGCGUGGUUUUGCGGCAUCGCGGUCAGAAUAAAGCCGGCUUUCACACA